UGAAGGUUGAAUGAAAUGAAGCGUAUCUUGACUCAGCAAUUUUACAAUCUUUUGGCAAGAACUAGCUGACUAGUUGUAGGGGAAUGUAAAACGUCAACAAUGUCUCAAAAACACCUCCAAUCCGGUGACUCUUUGCCACCACUGACAGAAGGAGCUAUGCAUCUCUUUAGCAUGCGUUACUGCCCAUAUGCACAACGCAGUCGCUUGGUUCUCUCAAUCAAAGGACUCAGUUUUGAGGAAGUGAACUGUAACCUAUCGCAGAAACCAGAAUUUCUGCUUGAGAGGAACCCAAAUGGGAAAGUACCAGUGCUUGAAAUCAACGGGAAGGUCUUCAUUGAGUCCAGCAUUAUCAAUGACCUCUUGGAUGACCUUUACCCUGACCCACCUCUCUACCCUAAAGACCCAUAUGCAAAGGCGGAGGAUAAAAUCUUCAUGGAAGAAUACUCAUCCAAGGUGAUACCACAUUUCUACAAGUUUGCGAAGUCAGAUUGUCAAGACAAGGAGGCAGAGGAGAAACUUAUGGCUGGUCUUGAAAUCUUUGAGGCAGAACUAAAAAAAAGAGGCACUCCAUUCCUUGGGGGUCAACAGCCAGCUAUGGUAGACCUCAAUAUCUGGCCAUUUAACGAGCGCUUUGUCAUCGCGGAUGCGCUCACCAAUCUCAUCAAGCAAAAGUUCCCUGAGCUUGAUUCUUACUGCAGACGUAUGGAGGCUCACCCAGCCAUCAAGCCAAUCGUCACUAGCAAAGAAAUUCUGCGAGAAUUUGCCAAAGGUUAUCAAGUUGGCACUUUCAAGUAUGAUGAUUUGUGACUACAGGGUGAAUCCAUGCGGGAUAUCAGACAGCGUAAAGACACAGGGACUGCUAAACUUUAAUCCUAUUGUAAAGGCAGUGGACACUAUUGGUAAUUACUCAAAAUAAUUAUCAUCAUAAACCUUUCUUGAUUACGAGUAAUG